UUAUAGCACUGUUGGCCUUUCGAUAUAAAAUGGAUGCAGUAAUUCAAGAAGUCAACUCACCACCACCUGCUCAAGAGAUGUGGUAUAUUUCCAAGCCUGGAUGACGAGUGGCUUGGAGAGGAACUUGCUGGUGAUGAACUUCCCACAUAUUUGCUGCACUGAGAUUCUCCAAAGUAAACUGAAAAGUUGCACCAUGACAUCAAUGUCAGCAAAAGGAAGGGGCUGGUCAUUGACUUCAGGAAAUGAAGUGGAGGAUAUGCCUUUGUCUGUAUCAGUGGUGCUGAGGUGGAGAUGGUCCACAGUGUCAAGUUCCUGGGAGUGAUGAUCACCAACAAGCUGUCCUGGUCCAUGCAUGUCGACAAGAUGAUCAAGAAAACACAACGCCUCUACAUCCUCAGGAGGCAAUAUCUCAUGCAAUUUUAUGACACUUCUGAUGGUCUGAAAGCAAGUAGUAAUGAUAAUCUAAGAGCAAAUAUUAUGAAAAUGCAAAACUUCUUUGGCCUCCUAGUAACAGGUGAGCUGAAUUCUGAAACUUUAGAAAUCAUGAAGAAACCUCGAUGUGGAGUUCAGGACAGUCAAUCACUUCAGUACAAUCACUUUCCAGGCCGUAUCAAAUGGCUACAUAACAACUUGACUUAUAGGAUCAUCAACUAUACUCCAGAUAUUACAUCAAGUGAAGUGGUUACAGCUAUCAAAGCAGCAUUCAAAAUGUGGAGCGAUGUCACAUCUUUGAAAUUCACCAGGAUUUCAAAUGGUAUAGCUGACAUUAUGAUAUCCUUCGCAUUUGGAGUACAUAACGAUGGAUAUCCAUUUGAUGGACCCAACGGCAUUCUGGCACAUGGCUUUCCACCAGGUCCAAAUCUUGGAGGUGAUAUUCAUUUUGACGAAGCUGAAACAUGGACAAUGGACUCAAGAGAAUAUAACUUAUUCCUGGUGGCUGCUCAUGAAAUUGGACAUGCUCUAGGAAUGGCUCAUUCUCGAGAUGUGGGGGCUUUGAUGUUCCCCACAUAUACAUAUUCAAGUAUGCAAGAGUUCAGACUACCGUAUGAUGAUGUUGCGGGAAUACAGGCACUGUAUGGUUCAUCAAGUAAUUAUGACCCAAAACGUCACCCAAAGACCCCAGAGACAUGUGAUCCUUCCCUCUCCUUCGAUGCAGUUAGUACACUUCGUGGAGAACUUAUGUUCUAUAAAGACAGGUUUGUUUGGCGUGUUGUCCCACAAAUGCCAAAUGCAGUUCUAACGCUGACCAAAUCUUUAUGGCCAGAACUCCCGACAAAAAUUGAUGCUUCAUAUGAAAAUGUUUUUAAGGGAACUACACUAUUUUUCAAAGGAACUCAAUACUGGGCUGUCAGUGGCUAUAACAUUUUAAAUGGAUACCCGAAGACUAUUGCUAGUUUGGGUUUCCCCUCCGCCGUGAAGAAAAUCGAUGCAGCAGUACAAAUUCCUCACAUUCGAAAAACAUUCUUCUUUGUGGAAAACAAAUAUUGGAGUUAUGACGACUCUACAGACAGAAUGGAUUGGGGCAAUCCAAAAUUGAUAAAAGAUAAAUGGUAUGGCAUUAGUGACCAAGUGGAUGCUGCUUUUGAACACAAUGGUGUCAUUAAUUUCAUCAACGGAUACACAAUGUUUCGUUAUGACUACAAUAGAAACGAGGUCAUUGGGAUAGUGUAUGCAAUUUCAGAAAUUUGCAAGUAUUGAAUAUAUUUAUGCCAUUUAUUGAAAAUUUCAAAAUUGUCAAGAUUCAAGAAUUCGAGAAGUUCCAAGAAUAUUCUUGUCAUUGAAUUGUGCUGUACCAACCCUGUUCAAGCUUCUGGGCUUACAUUUCACUUU